UGCUUGGACGAGUUUAACCCGUCAUUGUACACUCCUUUCACUGCUGACGUGGAGGACCAGGGAGACCCGUUAAAUCCCGGCCCUUUUCUCGGACUCCGUCUCAGGAUUCCGUUUGCGACGAGGACACGACGACGAUGGAAUCGGCGCUGGCGAAGUCGUCGGGCCGCUCGAUUUCUUCUCAUCCUUCCUCCCCAGCCCGGAUGGCUUGCGGACGGAGAUGGACGUCGCCCUCGCCACUUCUGUCGCGCUCAUCCUCGGCUUCGUCGUCUUCGUUUUCCUCCUGCGGCGGUCUGGUGGCGCCGAGGAUGAGCCGCCUAAGCCAUUACCCGUGAAAUGUACAGCGAUACGGACGUGGACGACGACGGGAAGAAGAAGGCCGUCUUGUUCUUCGGCACGCAGACUGGCACCGACACCGUCCGAGGGGUUCGCUAAGGCGUUUGCUGAGGAGGGCAAGGCGCGUUAUGAGGAAGCAGCCUUUAAAGUCGUCGAUUUUGUAAGCUUACCUGUGCAAUGUUCUUAUAACAUAAGAGUUUUCUGAAUCAGAAAUUAAAUCUAGAUCAUUGGAUUAAGAUUGACAAAUCUGGAUCGUCGAUUUGAGAAGGCAUAAGUGCUCUUUGGAUGGCUCAAUCUCAACCAUUAAUUGACAUCCAAAUAAAGAGACAUUGUAUCUC